AUGAACAUCUUCCGACUCUCUGCCGAUCUCGCCCAUUUGGUCGCCAUCGUCAUUCUACUCCACAAAAUAUGGAAGUCUAGAAGUUGCGAGGGAUUAUCUGGCCGAUCUCAAGUCUUAUUUGCUAUUGUUUUUGUGUCUCGUUAUUUGGAUCUAUUUACCAAUUUCAUUUCUGUCUACAAUACUGUGAUGAAGGUGUUCUUCCUCGCUACUUCCAUUGGAACUGUGUAUUUGAUGUGGAUUAAAUUCAAGGCAACUUAUGACAGAAAUAAUGAUUCUCUACGUAUAGAGUUUUUGGUAAUUCCUGCUGCCAUCCUAGCUCUCUUGGUAAACCACGAAUUCACAUUCAUGGAGAUAAUGUGGACAUUUUCUAUUUAUCUUGAAUCAGUUGCCAUUAUGCCGCAACUUUUCAUGCUCUCGCGUACUGGUAAUGCUGAAACAAUCACCGCUCACUACCUGUUCGCUCUUGGAUCCUACCGUGCACUUUACAUUGUCAACUGGGUCUUCAGAUACUACACCGAGAACUUCUUCGAUCCUAUCGCCGUGGUUGCUGGAAUUGUGCAAACUGUUCUUUAUGCUGACUUCUUCUAUCUCUACGUGACGAGGGUUUUGCAAUCGAAUCGUCAAUUUGAAAUGCCUGCAUAA